UAAGUCUAUCUCAGACCCUGUCAUGAAUGUGUGUUCAGUCAAACAAUUUCUCUUUCAAAUCUCAAUACAGUCCACUACCAGAUGAUGAAAUACUUUAUAUGCACGUUUUCAAUUAGUUACUAAUUACUAAAAAGCGCAGCCGGAGGCGAAGUAAAGAGUGCUGUAUGGAAAUUAUGAGAAGAAAAUAAGGUAAUAUAAGGUUUCACCCAUGCCAGCGACAGUGAAGGAAACAUACGUUCCUGCCGGGAUUUAAACAGAUGUAACCCCGCCUUGAUUUUCCACAGUUCUUUACAGUCGCAGCAUCUCCUGCCUCUGCCAGUACGAAGGUAACUCCGUGCGUAAAGCUGCUGGACACCAGGCGGACACCGCACAGUUUCAACCUCUCCUCCACUCCUCUGAAGACCAAAGCUGAAGAAAGUCAUCCCUCUAGAUUUUCGCUAAACAACAGUUUUAAACCAGUUUUAUUUUUUUUUAUUUCCAUGUAGCCUUUUUUUUUUGGCUCUCAUCUUUUUUUUUUUCCUCCAACGUCUUUCUCUAAUGCCUCGCACCCGAGCUGCUGUACCGACUCGGUUCAUUUCUAAAGAGUAAAGAAUGCGCAAAGCAAAGGAUACAGUGGGAGCUAACUGUGGACGCUCGUGGAUUUAACAGUCGGUGCCUGUAAAAACAAAGAUUCAAUCAAACUUAUGGCGUGAAGGGCCCGUUCUUGGCCUUCGUACCUCACAGCUAAUGGAUGUCUUUACCCAGUAUGCCUACAAUGACAGUUUCUAUGAUAACGGAACAUGGAGCUUCAACGAAACAGACCAAGAGCAGAGGCACCCUUACAACUACUACGCCAUGCUGCUUACUCUGCUCAUCUUCGUCAUCGUCUUCGGCAACGUGCUGGUGUGCAUGGCUGUGUCCAGAGAGAAGGCUCUGCAGACCACCACCAACUACCUGAUCGUCAGCCUGGCUGUCGCUGACCUUCUGGUGGCUACGCUGGUUAUGCCCUGGGUCGUCUACUUAGAGGUAGUGGGAGAGUGGCGCUUUAGCAAGAUCCACUGUGACAUCUUUGUCACUCUGGAUGUGAUGAUGUGUACAGCCAGCAUCCUCAAUCUCUGUGCCAUCAGCAUUGAUCGUUACACAGCAGUUGCAAUGCCAAUGCUGUACAAUACUCGCUACAGUUCCAGGAGACGGGUCACGGUAAUGAUCUCUGUCGUGUGGGUGCUGUCUUUUGCCAUAUCAUGUCCUCUGUUGUUUGGCCUAAAUAAUACAGCUACUCGUGAUGAGUCCUUGUGUGUGAUUGCCAACCCAGCCUUUGUGGUAUACUCUUCCAUCGUUUCCUUCUAUGUUCCAUUCAUCAUCACUCUGCUGGUUUAUGUGCAAAUUUAUGUGGUCCUGAGGAAGCGCAGAAAACGUGUGAACACAAAACCAAAGCAGCGCAUCUGUCAGGCUGCCGAUCCUGACGUGGCCACUUCGCUGAAGCUGUUUUCAUCUCAGGAUAAGUGCACUCAUCCAGAGGAUGUGAGGUUGUGCACCAUGAUUGUUAAAUCUAAUGGGAGUUUUCCUGUCAACAAGAAGAAAGUGAUAUUCAUCAAAGAUGGAGUCAAUGAAGGGGAAGAUCUGGAGCUGGAUGAGCUGAACAACAGCGGCAGCAGCCAGAAGCAGAAGGAGCAGCCACAGUGUGCUCUUGGGGACACUCCGGCCACCAGCCACCAGCUAUUGAUGCCCAACAAGGCCAAUGCUAGCCCCACCUCCACGCCUCCCACACCCCCUGAAGAGAGCCAGAAAGCAGAAAAGAAUGGAGAUCCUACCAAGGAGACCCUGGGGGAUUCAGCUCCUGCUGUGGCCAAAGCCUUCCAGACGCAGGCCCUACCUAAUGGCAAGACUCAGACCUCUGUGAAGACCUUGAGCAAGAGGAAGAUCUCCCAACAGAAAGAGAAGAAGGCCACUCAGAUGUUAGCCAUUGUGCUUGGUGUAUUCAUCAUAUGUUGGCUGCCAUUUUUCAUAACACAUAUCUUGAACACCCACUGCACAAAAUGCAAGGUUCCCGCUGAGAUGUAUAAUGCCUUCACUUGGCUGGGCUAUGUGAAUAGUGCCGUAAAUCCCAUCAUAUACACCACCUUUAAUGUUGAGUUCAGAAAGGCAUUCAUUAAGAUUUUGCACUGCUAAACUGCAACAUAACUUGUCUGAUCAGACUGAGGGAGGAAUGAUGAAUAAAAGCAUCUCUUCUGGCAAAUACCUCAUCCUGUUAAGGAAAAAAACGCAUCACAGGGCGAAACGGCGAUCUGCUUUUUAAAGUUGUGGAGUUGAGUAACUGAAAAACUGACAGUGUCUUAUUGAAAGGCAUGUUGGCUCUUUAUGUUUGUUUGUGGAGUUCCCUGUUCUCCAAAUCACUGAAUGUAAAACAAGAAAAGUCUGUAACAAUGACCUGUUUCAUGGAGAAAAGUAAAAGUGUAACAUUGUUCUCUAAAAUCAUUGUGCUUGUCACGUAAGGAGCCAUCUGUGUAUACCACACACACAUGCAAGUCGCAAACUGCUAUUUAUUGUGUGUGUACUUUAUGUUUUGAUGAUGGAAAUAUUCUGUAAAUCUUAGGUAUCAAGUCAGUGUUCAUUGCAGUGUUAAAACUGAUAUGUGAGCUCUUAAUCUUAAAUCUAAUCUUAAAAUUAUUGAUUGGAAUGUGUGUUAAAUACAAGACACAAUUUACUUGCUGUAUAUUGUGGCUAUGCCAAUAUCCACAUAUUUGCAAUUUUAUAAAUUGAAAGAUCAUAUAUUAUUAUUAUUGUUAUUAUUAUUUGCUGUAUAUAGUUUUUCUUAACACGUUAACUGUGAUUAUAUGCCUGCAAUGGAAAUGUGGUGCAUGCUACACUGCUCCUCUACUUGACUUCUCAUGAAAUGUAUGUUUAACAAAAAAAAUUACAAAAGACGUCCAAUAAAUGAAGUUACGAGACA